CGUGUCGGCUAAGAGCGUAAUCUCUAUGGGACUUUCUAGGUUCCUUCUACGUGCCUGUCCGAAUGGUAACGCAAAUGUAUCCCCUACCAUACUUCCCUACCAUUGGAUAAGAAACAACGGAUCUACAAUGGCAUACGCUUACGGGCUGUAUUUACGGAAAUGUGGGUAAUAGGCCCUGGGGCAAAAUGGAGCGGGUGCUCCAUUUCAGAAAGCGGCAAUAGAGUGUGCGAGACAAUAAAGAUUAAGUCAGUUAUGAGAUCCCAAAACAUUCGACGACGUCGAAAUCCUCAGGCUUGUGGCGCCUGUCGGGAAAGAAGUGAUGGACAACGUCCGAAGUGCUCCUCUUGCCGAGAGCGUGCGAAAGACUGCCGUUGUCCAGGGCUGCCGGACACGCUUACUACACCACUAGAACAAGAGUUAUCAAGGGUUUGGGAUCGAAUAGAUCAGAUUAGUACUGCGUUGAGGCGGCAGUACCGAGGUGCGAUAACUCACCACAGAGCCGUUGUCCUGGCGAUCAUGGAGACGCCCUAGAUAUGCUCCGAGGAUUCCCAUUUAUGAAUCUCCGGAAUGAAGUGUUCAUGGCACUUCUAGGUCUAGAUCAGCCUUUCUCAUGCCAUCUUGAGCAGAUAGAACGGAGCAGAGACGCCGUUGCAAC